GUAGUUAACAUGGUGCUAUGGAUUUUACUCCUGCAGACAUACUGGUAUGCGUGCAUGGCAAGAAAAACCUGCUAGUUUGACCGGAAAGCAAAGAGUUCAAGACUUUUCUUAGUCAUAGUUCAACACCAGCGCUUAAAGUAAUGAGUUGCGUCAUUGCUUACGCAUAUGGGCACUGAAUCAAUCAAUCCAAUGAACUUGUAACAGAAAACGAAAAAUUCAAAGCCACCUUUGAGUUAAUUUACUAGCUUGAGAAAACACAGACGUCUCUCUGUCUCGUACUUAACACCAACACCAAAGAUCCUCAAAAGCAGCGUGACCAGAAUAUCAGAAGUUGUGUAGGCAUGGCGGGUCUAUUUGACAAGCAGGCGGAGACCUACCUACAAGCCCGGCCGACUUAUCCAAGUGAGUGGUACUCGAUGCUCGCCGCCCGCACCACUCAUCACUCUCUGGCUUGGGAUGUCGGCACCGGCAAUGGUCAAGCUGCUCUUGGUGUUGCAGAGCAUUACGAGCAAGUCAUAGCAACCGACGUUAGUGAAGCUCAACUAAGUUUCGCGAUGCCACAUCCUCGAGUUCGCUACGUGCACACUCCACAAUCCAUGUCAGAGGAUGAAAUUGUGGCCUUGAUGGGUGCCGAAAAUCGUGUCGAUCUGAUCACCGUUGCUACCGCAGUGCACUGGUUUGACCUUCCAAAGUUUUACAAGCUGGCCAAGCGCCUUCUACGUAAGCCGGGAGGUAUACUAGCCGUUUGGGCAUAUAACGACAUAGUCGUUAAUCCCGAAUUCAACACUGCAAGUAAGCGCCUCUGGGAAGCUACCAUGCAGUUUUGGCACUCGGAUGCCAAGCACGUAAUCGACGGGUAUAGAAAUCUUCCCUUUCCUUUUGAGAGCGUGGGCUUAGGCCACGAGGGAGAACCAAUGCAACUCGAAAUCCGGAAGGAGCUCCUGUUCGAAGGGUACUUGAAGUUUUUAAAAUCAUCAUCACCAAUUAACUUAGCCAAGGAACAAGGGGUGGAUUUGUUGUCCGAAGAAGUUGUUAAAGAGCUUGAGAGGGCUUGGGGAGGGCCUAAUCUGGUCAGAACUGUCACCUACAAGGCUUUCAUGCUUGCAGGAACAGUCACAAAAUAAGUCGCAUUAUUAGUUUGCAAUAUUUGAUUUCCUCUAUAAUAAGUUCGACUUUUCUCC